AUGAUUCCUGUACUUACACCGUUACACUUACGCUACCCAUCGGUAGAAGUCGCCUUGCGUUGCAUGGAAUUGAAGCAAUCGCGUUUGGUGGGUAUCGAUAAAAGUAAGACCAUAACGGAGGUAUCAACCUAUGAUGAUGAUCGUGAUUCUAUCUUAUUGCCGUUGCCGUCUACUAGUUCUAGUGUUUCCAUUUCAGAUGGCAAUCAAAGUGGAAAAGGUGAGACUGUUAAAAGUGUGGAAAAUUCUGAGACUUCCUCUUUUGAUUGCACUGGUGGAGUCGUUUUUUCUUCUGAUCCAUCAUUGUGGAAAAUAAAUGAUGAACUGCGUGAUCAUGUCGCUGUUCACGGUGUUUACAAAACUGUGACGCGGACUUCAGUACAUCAAAAAGACAGUACUCAGAUACUCAGAAAGUGCGUUAAGUAUGUUUUUAAUUUACGAGAAGAUUUUGACCGGUUAGAAAAUUUAGCGAAGGAAAAAUCUAGCAAGGUCACUUACAAAUAUGAUGAAAGGAGAGAUAAGAAACGAAAAUUAGCAUUUGAUGAGUCUCGAGAUGGUGAAAUAUCAUUUAAUGGACGGGAUGACUUCAAAAUCAAUACGUUUAAUGUAAUUUUGGACAAGUUAAGCACUGAGCUACGUAAACGCGCUGAUAAAUAUAGUGACAUUCAUUCCAUUUUUGGGUUUUUUGAGGACAUUGACUUACAGAGCUCCGAUGUCAUUACGGAAAAAGCUAAUCACCUAGUGAUCUUAUACCCAAAUGAUCUCGAAACAUCAUUAACUGAUGAAUGUUUUUAUCUGCAAGCUUAUUUGGGCCAAUGUGAGUCAUCGCUUUGGGAGAUAACGGGUGACCAAAAAGUGAAAAAAACCUCAAGUAUUUCCGGACUCUAUAAAUUUCUUUAUGAAAAUGGUGCUCUAGAAAUGUGCCCGAACAUUGACAUAGCACUCCGUAUGAUUCUCUCCGCACCUGUCUCAAACUGUUCCGGAGAACGCUCAUUUUCGACCUUGCGACGCGUCAAGAAUUACCUUCGGUCAACAAUGGGAACUGAAAGAUUGACAGCGUUAUCACUUCUUACUAUUGAACAGUGCAUCACCAAAAGAAUUGCGUAUGGAGACCUCAUUGAUGAUUUUGCCCGUCAAAAAGCUAGGCGUAAAGCAAUGUAA